AUGGCUGCGUCUAUCAAUUGGAAUCCCCUUCAUCGGCGCACUCAUUUAUUCAAUGGUUUGACACCUCGAAUAUCGAACGAAUAUGAACAAACAGCUAAUACUUCACAGGCCACUGAGAAUGCCGCCGAAACAGAAGCCCCCUCAAUCGCCGAAAUAGACAAAGCUCUCAAAGAAAAAGCGCCCAUCACGGAAGACUCCCCCAUGCGCCUGCGAAUGGAGAAACUGAUCAAAGAGCACCAAAAGAAAAUCACCGACGAAUUAAGUCGAAUUGACGGCAAGGCCUUCCAAGCCGAUGAAUGGACUCGCCCCAACGGCGGCGGCGGCAUAUCUUGCGUCCUUCAAGAUGGCAACGUCUUCGAAAAGGCCGGCGUCAACAUCUCCAUCGUUUACGGCGAACUGCCGCGGCCCGCCAUCGAGAGAAUGCGCGCAGACCAUAAGUCCUUUGUCGGCGCAGAUGUGGAUAAACUCACUUUCUUCGCAGCCGGGCUAUCGCUCGUGUUGCACCCGCACAACCCCAAUGCGCCAACUGUGCAUUUAAAUUAUCGGUAUUUCGAGACCUCGGAUCCGAAAGAUCCUAUCAAUGGGGAUAAGAAUUGGUGGUUCGGCGGUGGCACGGAUUUGACACCUUCGUACCUUUACCCGGAGGAUUGCAAGCAUUUCCAUCAGACCAUCAAGGAUGCCUGUGACCGUCAUGAUAGCACGUACUACCCCCGUUUCAAGGCCUGGUGCGACAAAUACUUUUAUAUCCCGCACCGCGGCGAAGCGCGUGGUGUAGGCGGCAUAUUCUUCGACGACCUUGAUGCACACUUCCUCCAGAGCUCAUCGUCCUCGUCUCAAAAUCCCCAAGAAACUCUAUUCUCGUUCGUGAGUGACUCUCUAGGCUCGUUCUUGCCUUCCUACGUCCCCAUCCUGGAACGCCGAAAGGAUAUGUCAUACACCCCCGAAAUGAAGCAAUGGCAACAACUCCGCCGUGGACGAUAUGUCGAGUUCAAUCUGGUGUAUGACCGCGGCACGAGUUUUGGGCUCAAGACUCCCAAUGCCAGGGUUGAGAGUAUAUUGAUGAGUUUGCCGCGAACGGCGAGCUGGGCUUAUAUGGAUCCUGUAUCUGGCACGAGGACGGAUGCAGCUGCUGUUGCCAAAGGUGAAGAGGGUGGUGAGGAGACGGAGGAGAUUUCGAGGCAGAAGGAGAUGUUGGAUGUUUUGAAGCAUCCUAGACAGUGGGCUUGA